UUAGACCAGGUUUUCCUCGCGCGAUCUACCACCGACUUGAAAUAAACACUUGUUCCGAGUGUUCUGUCGUCUGCUGUGCGCGGUCUGUCUUCUCGAACUUUUCUUUCAGAAACGUCGCCAUAAUGGCCAACCAAACUGUGACUUACGUUCUCUGGUUUUUCUUAGGGUGGCUUGGAGUUCAUCAUUUUUAUUUGAAACGAGACAGGCAUGCAUUCGUAUGGUGGGCCACCUUGGGUGGACUUUUCGGUCUCGGAUGGAUAAGGGACAUCUGGCGGAUACCCGACUAUGUCCAAGAAUGCAACGAGGACGAAGAAUUUUAUAAAAAGAAAAAGGAACGAGGUCAGGUUAUUAAUGGCAAUGCCGAGACUCGUAGUAGGCCUAACCAAAACCAAAUUUCGGGAGAUGGAAUCGUAACCCGUUCAACAACAGAGAGUCGGACUCGAAACAGGACGGUAGCAGAUGCACAAAAAAAUGUCCCGGAAGGGGAUGCUGUACAUCUGGAGGAGAAAAAACAGAAAACUGUUCCACAUGUUCCAACAACAGAGAAUCGGACUCAAAAGAGGACGGUAGCAGGUGCACAAAAAAAUGGCCCGGAAAGGGAUGCUGUACAUCUGGAGGAGAAAAAACAGAAAACUGUUCCACAUGUUCCAAACUGCAGCACGGUUCGCUUUUCAGGGCAGUUGGUUAUGGGGAGUAUUUUUUCCUACCUGUUUCGUCUGUCGAUUCCGGAGGAGUAUGCCCAGCUUGACGGAAUAAAGUGGGUCGUGUUUUUCCUGCCACCAAUAGGAGCUGCUGUGGGUUUGCUGUUCAUCGGUACAAAUCUUGUUUGUAAAUACGUUGGACGCCACAAAUGUUCAUGGACGUGGCCUCUGAUAGGUUCAUUUUCCGCGUUGCCAUGGUUAUUCUACAGCAAUGACAGCAUUGCCUCCAGCCCACUACUGGCUGUCCUCUUUACAAACUGGUGGGGGAAGAAGGGCAGAUCGGAGCCGCCGCCACGCAAGGGACUCUGCAAACGACUGACAGUUUUAUCUUGCUGCGGCAUAAUCUACCUUCUGCUCCUGACCUCCACGAUCUAUUUUAACGCGACGGUGACGGUUAAGGACGGAGAGACCGUCCCACUGCGAGAAGCUAUACAGAAUUUCUUCAAGUCGCCAGUCUGGUCGGACACCAAAGAACAAUUCCAUCGUCUGUACAAUUAUUACCAAGCUAAUGGCUGGCACAAGAUCUGGGAAGAAAUCAUGUCGGCGUUAGAUCCAGCCGGAGAGGCUAAUGCUUACAAGGUUCUCGAGUUGGAUCACAGCGCCACACAAGAGGAGAUAACAAAACGUUACCGCGAACUGUCACGCAAGUGGCACCCUGACCGACACAAAGACCUGGAAGCGAAAGCAGAAGCACAGAAGAAAUUCAUAGAAAUCCAGGAAGCCUACGACAUUCUUUCUCAAAUCCGUGCAAAACGAACAAAGCGCAACAAACAAUCCACAAGGAAUGAAAGGACAGAGUUUUAGACGUGUGUGUCGGUCUGUGUCAGGGUAGAUCCAGCAUGUUUUUGGGAGGGGGUGGAUGUUUAAGACAAAACAGUUGGUCAUCAAUUUUCGUAAAUUCAUCUUAAUUUAAUAAAUUAAUAACAGUCCACACAGAAUGAAAUGACGGUUAUAAACUUACGUAUAUCAGUUUUAAUCAGGGACGGAGUCGACGUUUCCAGGGAUGGUGUCCGUCUCAAUAGACCCCUCCAAAUCCACCGUAGGGUGGUAUUAGGGUUUUAAUUGAGAUGUGUGCACACCGGUACUGUAAUAUUACAUUCCAGAAUUCGUAAACUAUUUUUAUGUUCCAAAAUUAUACCUAAAUGAUUUUUUUUCUUAUUACAUAAUCAUAUUGUUAAUACAAAUUCAUGGAAUAAAAACAUAAAAACCGAAGAAGCAUUAGGCGCAAGUUCCAUUUUCGCUUUCUGAGCAAAUAGGUUGAUGGGUUCCAUGUAUGCAUCUCUGUACGCUUGUGCGUAUGCGUAUUCGAUCACUCUAUACAAAUACGGAUUACGUAUAUACGUAUUCGACCACUCUACGCAAAUCCGGAUUACGUGUACGUAUUCGCAUACGUAUUAGAGACAAAUGAAAUUUGCGCCGUACGAGGACAUGUUAAUAUAUAUUAUAUUAUACCAACAGUCAAAACGUCUAUACACGCCUGAUGGGCGGCCGAUCUAGGAUCGAUCUCCAUCGGUGGGCCCAUUGGGCCGUUUCUCUUUCCAGCUUGGUAUAUCAAAGGCCGUGGUAUGUACUCACCUGCCUGUAAGAAGGCCGUGGUAUGUACUCAUCUGCC